CGGGUAUAGCCGAGCGCGCGGCGCGGCGGACCGACUGAACAACACGCCGCGCGCCAUGGCACACCUCGGCACGGCCUCAGGCUCGCUCUUCAGCGGCGACGGCCGCAAGAUCCGCGUGCGCACCAACCACGGCCUGCUGCACGUCUGCGGCGACCGCACGCGGCUCAAGGUCGAGGUCAACCUGGGCACCAUCGUGUACACGGGCCGCCGCGGCCGCGUCGAGGUGGCCCGCAACCUGGGCUGCGUGCGCUACCUGGGCGACGGCGGAGUCGUGCAGGUGGGGCGGGCGUCUGCCGGCGCCGUGGUGUACUCGGGCAGCGGGGGCUCCGUGCUGUGUCCCGGGGAGCUGCCCCCCGGCCUGCCCGCCUGGUGCGGCCUGCUGACCCGCGCCUCGGGGCCUGAGCCCUGAGCCCUGAGCCCUCUGCCUGACGUGAGCCUCUAGUGCGUCGUCGUGCUGUCAGCGAGGACUCUUCAGGAGCUUCUGCACGUGGCUCUCUCCGAGUGCUCGUGUAGCCGUCCAGCCUCCAGCCUCCAGCCUCCAGCCUCCAGCCUCCAGCCUCCAGCCGCAACUCGUUUGUUCUUCGGGGCCUGACUUAUAAAUACUGCCCGCCGUCUUCGUAGCAGUGGUCGACGCAACUUCUGCCUGUAAAACGGCAGCGCGCUCAUCUUAUUUUAUUUAUAAAAUAAAUUAUUAUAUUCAUUGCACAAUCUUGUCUAAUGCACCAUUCUUGCCCUCGGAAGCGUAUUUGUGAUCGACAUAUACCACUCUUACAUAUGGGGCUGUGCAUAGUGACUAGUGUAGCCUACCGUUAUUUACUUUAUCUGUGUCUAAGUCAAACUACAAUUUUCACUUUAGUUUACUAAACUAAAUGAACAUUGAUUUUAUGCAAGUUUCGUUUUUUAAUACCUUUCAGAUAAGCAAUUUUCUUAAAACUUUAUGUUUUAAUAAAUAUGAACAGUAGUAAAAUUUGCAUUAUUCAGCUAUAGCCAUUGCAGGAUAAACUAUUUGUAAACAGGCUUACUAGUGUGAAUGUAUUCACAGCAAUGACUGAAUUAUAUUAUUUUUAACUAAUGUAUGCUAUUAUUUAAAACACAUGCAACAAUGCCAACGUAAAUGUAUUUAUCCAAUCAAAAAUUAUAAGUCCUUAUUUAUUGUUAUUUAAUAUUUAAUGACCGUGACUUAUAAGAAACCAUGUAUGAAAUAAAAUAUAUGUUAUUAAAUCAAUGAAUAUUUUUAU